AUGACACGCGCGUCCCCUUCGCCCUCCCGGAGAAGCUAUAGCUGGGUAGGGAGCCCACCAACGAACGUUCUCGACGAAAUUCUCGGCGGUGACAGGAACUCAGAAGCGCGACACACAUAUCUUCUUGAAGCAGCAAAACAAGAACAUGCACGAGUCAGAGAGGAAGCCGAGCGAGUGUACCAGGAGCAGCUAAAGAGGGAGGAACAGCAACGGAUUCUUGAUGCGCGCCGCAAGGAGGAGGAGCGGAUCCGACUCGAGGAGCAGCUCGCUGCAGACCGCGCGAGGCUGAACGCGCUCAAGGCGAAGAAAGUUGAGAUCCCCCGGCCGUUACCGGAACCCGAACCGUCCUCUGCGCCAGCAGUCAAUGGGAAUUCUGCUGCGUCUCCGGCCCAGAACAAACUCCCUCAAAACCUGGUGAACGGGACAGCAGCCAAUGCGGCAGCCACUGUGACCCCGGGCGUUACCGCACCCAAACCAUUGUCGCCUCCUGUACCAGCGCAGUCCACACAACCUCAUUCCCCGGCAGCUCCGACCAAGGCACCAGGGCCGGCGAAACCAGCGAACUCUGUACUCGGCAUCAACGGCCUUCUCAACAGUGCCCCGGCGCCGACCAACGGCUUGACAAACGCCCCGGGGACCUCGCGCUCAGCCGCACCUCCCCCAGCCCAACCACUUCCCGAUAGAUAUACUACAAUUCACAAGAACCUCAAGAUGCUACGAAAGUCCCUGACAGAUCAGGCGAAAGCAAACCCGGCGCUCAAGAGCAGAAUGGGCGACAUGCGACGAGAAAUCAGGAAAUCAGUGGGACAGCUCACUGUUACCCAAGGUGUCGCGGGUGUGAAUAAGACACAGCAACAAACCAUCCUAAAACUCCUACGCGAGGCACUUUCGAACCAAGUGCAGUCGCAGCUAAUAGAUCCGAGCAACUUCGUUGUGGAACCGAGAAACCCGGUUGAAGGCGCCACACACAACGACCCCAUUCUCCCAUCAAUAUUUCUUUAUCUGAUCAACAUCUUUGCGAAAGCGGUCAUUUCCCAAUUCAUCAACGAGGCGGGUGCUCGGCCUGAGACCGCCGACCCUGUUGGCGUGUGUGUUGCUGCAACGCUCUCCGACCCGGCCUUCCUCUGGCGCGGCGUGUCGCUGAUUGACAUUCUGCUCGCCAAGCUCAGGAUUGUUUGCCCGGUACUUUUCGGGUAUCGAGGGAGCGAAAAGACGGAACAGGGGAGGGAAAGGCUUGGUUGGUGGAAGGACAGCGGUCGGUGGGUGCCUGAACAACAACACAUGGACCGCAUGACUGGGUUAGGGGCGGGCUUUGCGGCUAUCUCGCUGCGCAACUUUGCCCUCUCCGCCAAAACCAACCCAUACCCGCCUCGCGAAUACUGGACGGCCAUGGCGCGAAUCGUCAACACGCCAGCGGCGGAAAUAUCCAACACGCAGUGUGUCGUGUUGAAGGCGAUGGUGAGCGGCUAUGAGCAGAAGUUUAUCGAGUUUUACGGGUCAGCGGCUAUCCCGGCUCUGCGCGCGGCGCUGGUCGAGUUCCCAGCUCGAGCACCGCAGAAGUCGGCUGCGGCAAAUUCGUUAGAGGUGUUAGCCCAGGUGCUACGUAGGGACACCGGGUUAGUUCUUGGAUAG